AUGGACUUUAAAAAGCUCUUUAAUCUUCUCAAGAGUAUCCCAAUAACCGAGACCAGUGGGAACACUGAGAAACUUCUAACCAGGAAAUCUUCUAAGCAAGAACGUUCUAUAAACCCUUGCCCUGAUGCUGCGAUGGAUUGCUUGGAACCCUUAACACCUACCCCAAUACCUAACUCCAAGCAAGACAUUCUGAUCCAAGAUCCAUGGUCUUACAUUCUAUCUGUAGAUGAAACCAAUCCCUCUAAGAAGAGAAAUCUGACAAAUCUAACAAAUAAAAACUGGAAUCUGGUGCUGUACCGAAACAAACUCGUUUUAUCAAAUUAUCCUAAACCCCCAGGACUCCUGUCACAAAAAGAGCGUAAAGUCCAUCUAUUGAACCUUUUAAAGAUCUAUAUGCCGGGUAUCCUUAAUAACCCUAAUGAUUUGGCCCAAGUGGAAUAUCUAUACUUCAACGGAUUCCUUGCCAGAGCGGUGGUCUCAUUCUAUGAGGGGAGACUGGCAAAACUAGUGUACAAAUGUAGAGAACAUCUGGAGACGUGUGGUAUAAGAAUCUCAAGAUACUUUAAAAAUGAAGCACCUCCAAUUCCACUUAUCCCCCAUAUUGUAAAUUUGCCAAAAACUCAACACGAGAUUGACCAACACGUUCUAAUUGAUAUAAACUCUGCAGAGGACAUCUUCAAACACCCUACUGGUCUGACUGCCAAGGACUCUCAAAGGUUGGACUCCCUUGGGCCCAGGCAUCCGGAGAAUCAGGGAAUCGACCUUGAUAGCUUUGAUAAUAACUUACUCCACUCUUAUAGCGUUCUCCCGCAAGAAGCUCAGAAAGAAAUACUUCAUAAAAUUGAUACCCUUUACUUCUGCCUGACAAAAGUGACGGAGGAACAGCUGAGAUUACCUAAACAAAAUAUGCUUGAUAGAGACUGUGGUUCAGAUUCUGCCCCAUGCUUAUACCACCAAGAACUGGACCUGUGGGUUGGGAAGGCACCCACCCCUACCAACCAACUGGUUGUUGCGGAGAUGAAUCCACUCUCCCAUAUUCUGGAGGCGGAAACCCCAUCACCAGACCCAUCUAUCAUGCACCCCAUCUCUGAGGCAAAUAUGGCUACAACAUCUGCCUGGGACAAAAUGAGGGAACUUAAUGAAUCUGAAUUAGGCUCUCCAUGUAAAGUGCCCCAUAUGGGUCCACUUACUUGUAACUUUAUUAACCCACUCUCUUCUAACGUGUGCAAGUUGAAUAAAUCCAUAGAUACCAUCGAACCGGUAACAGAACCAGCUGAACCAGACCAACAAAUGAGAGAUGACUCUAUUUUAAUUUUAGCCCCGAAGAGUGAUCUGGUUGAAGACCCGACAGGUCGUAUUAACAAAGCUAUCCAAACAGUUAAUGAUCACUCAACUAGUGGCACGAUACCUGCUGACUUAAUUUCGCUCUCUCUAAGGGGGAAGAUCCCGGCCUCGUGGAAGGAGGCUUAUAUAACUUUGAUCCCAAAAACAGAGAAAGAAAAAACAGAUAUAAAAAACUACAGGCCAAUCUCUUUACUUAACAGCGAUUAUAAGAUCUUUGCGGACAUUAUGGCCAGUAGACUUAAGAAGCUCUUAACGAAGUAUAUACAUAAAGACCAAGUGGGCUUUCUCCCAAACAGACACCAGAAAGAAAAUGUCCGCCACAUUUUAAACAUCAUUGAAUACCUAGAUAUGAGAAUAGAUGUCCCGGCUGCACUAAUCUUCAUAGACGCCGAAAAGGCCUUCGAUAAUGUCUCAUGGGAAUUCUUAUUACAUUGCUUGGAAAAGGCAGGCAUUGAAGGUCCUUAUUUGAAAGGUAUCAGGGCAAUAUACUCAGAACAACAGGCCAGGCUGAUUAUAAAUGAUAAUCUGACGAAAUCAUUUAAGAUUAAGAAGGGUACAAGGCAGGGCUGCCCUUUGUCCCCCCUGUUAUUUAUAAUGGUUUUAGAAGUUAUUGCAAAUAGAAUAAGGGAGGCAGUGAAUGUGAGGGGGAUAAAAAUUGGGAACAAAGAAUUUAAGCUUAAAGCCUAUGCUGAUGACCUGGUUCUGUCUGUGGAGAACCCAGUGGAUAGUGCAAGCAGAGUGGUUGAACUUUUGGAGGAUUUUGGUAGGCUGUCCGGUUUCAGAUUAAAUAAAAAAACAAAAAUCCUAACAAAGAACAUGACUGAACAGGAGAAAAUUCAAUUGGAAGAAAAGAUCGGCAUUAAAGCUGUGAAUAAAGUAAAAUAUCUGGGAAUCUGGCUCUCACCUAAAAAUAUAAACUUGGUUGAGGACAAUUACAGUAAGGUGUGGCAGGACAUUAAAAAGGACCUAGAUACUUGGCACAGAUUAAAACUUUCAUGGACAGGGAGGAUGUCAGCCAUUAAGAUGUGCAUCCUCCUGAAAAUAUUAUUCCUCUUUCAAAAUAUUCCGAUAAUUAAAGGCACCUCCCUCUUUAAGAAUGGCAAAAGAACCCUGACCAAGUUUAUUUGGCAGGGGAAGAGGGCCAGAGUAAAGUUGAAAUAUCUAACAGACUCGAGAGAAAGGUGCGGAUUCGCAGUCCCAAAUAUUAGGUUAUACUACGAAGCAGCCUGUAUCUGCUGGAUAAAGGAGUGGGCCACCCUCAGAAAUUCAGACCUCUUAGAUUUGGAGGGCUUUAAUAUAAGAUUCGGGUGGCAUGCCUACCUAUGGCAAGAUAAAGGGGAGGUCCACAGAGGAUUUUCUAAUCAUAUAAUCAGAGGCCCAUUAUUGGAAGUGUGGAAGAGGUAUAAAAAACUGAUCGAGAAAGGUAUUCCAUGGUGGCUCUCCCCAACCAAUAUUAUUAAAAUAAAAAAAAUAAAUAUGGCAGAUGAAAAAUGGACGUAUGAGGAUAUUCUGGAAAAGACAGAAACAGGUUGGAGGGUGAAGCCUUAUGAGGAACUGAAAGAUAAAAUAAAAGAAUGGUUCCACUUUCACCAGAUUUACGCCUUAUGGGGUGAGCAUAAGAGAUUGGGCAUGAAUGAAAAAAAAAUCGAGGUUUCAGGUUGAAAUCCUGGAAAGUAAUAAUAAACUCCUCUCAAAAAUGUAUAAACAAUUACUGGAAUGGGACACUAAGGAAGACCGGGUGAAGGGGGUUAUGGUAAAAUGGGAGAAAGACAUCGGUCAUAAUAUAGAUUAUAACAAAUGGCAAAUACUCUGGACGAAAGGUGUAAAAUUUACAGCUUGCGUAGCUCUGCGGGAAAAUUUAGAGAAAAUGGUUUACCGCUGGUACUUGACCCCAGCUAAGUUAGGAAAAAUGUAUAAAACUGUUGACAACACCUGCUGGAGAUGCAGAGACAAGGUUGGGACCUUCUUCCACAUCUGGUGGACCUGUGAUGUAGUAAAAGAAUUUUGGACGCAAAUUCAUGACGAAAUGAAAAAAAUUUUGAAGUAUAACAUCCCAAAAACCCCCGAGCUGUUUCUCUUAGGGCUGAUUG